UUCAAGGUCGUUGCUAGUCUAGCAUUCAACAAUGAUGACCCAGACACCAGUCUUAUUACUUAUUUGCUUCAUAAUAAAUUUUAUUCAGUCAACUGUGAACGAUAGAGCAUGCUUGUGUGAUAUCAGGCCAUUGGUUUGUGACAAGUUCUGUCAAUGUGACGCAGACUGCUUUAGUGAUAAAAAUAACUCGUUUUCCUCCUACAUCUCUUUACAGAGAGAAUCUUAUGGUUCGAAAUGGUGCAUUCCAAAGGCACUUCAUUUUUUAUCAAAUGCAGAAUUUACUAGGAGUCAGGACAGUGAAACUAUUUGUUUUUCCGAUAUAAACUAUUUGAGAGGGAACUACCUGCAGUUAAGUCGCGGUGCUGGUCAGUUUGGGAUGAAUUCUAUUUCAGUGACUACUUUAAAUUCGAUAAACGGUUGUGCAGAAGACGAUUUAUGCUUAAUCUAUAGAAACAAGAUACUUGAACGUUUCACAUUACCGAGUGGUUCGGGAUGUCACGUAGAGUUUUCACCAAAAUUCCUAAACAACAUAACAACCAAGUGCACUCGCACGUUGAGUUUUAACGAUAAUGGUUCAAGUUGCACACAACUGCCAAGUGUCUUAAUGUACACAGAUGGAUUAAAGUUUUUACGACUGCCGAUAUCAAAGCUUUUUAAAAACAAGAGCAUUCCUUUGGAAGCAGUUAUGGCCAGUAAUAAUACGAUUUCAAUUUGUUCAUCUAUUUGUAAGAACUUAAACAAUGACGUAAUACCCUGUCCAACAUCUCCAUCCUCACUUGAUUCAACCAGCCAAGCGUGUAUGUAUGCAAUCAUGGGAGUGAAGUUUAGUAUUAUUUAUAAUGAAAAUGGUAUAACAGACAUCUCAGUUGAAUUUACCAUUACAAAUGUCACAACUACAAAAUUUAAUCAGUUUCACACAGUACAAUUUAUUGAAGAAAACAGUUUAUCCAAUACAAGUACAUUAAUAGCUACUGACUAUCUAAGCGGAAAUCUAGGUUACCUAAAAAAUUAUCCUAUUCGAGCUGGUUAUAUAGAAAAUAAUAAUAAUACUACUACUCCAUAUAUAGUAAUGAUAUCAUACCCAUUAAAUCCAACAUUAUAUCCAAAUGAAUAUGGUCGAAUUAAUUUUGGCUGGUGGCCUAUACCGAAUAUUGGUGAUUGUACAAAUUUUGCUAGUCAAAGUAAAACAAUAUUAUUUGGACAAAACACUUUUAGUUCCUGUGUGCUAAGACUAAAGCCAUUGCGGGAAAAUAAUUAUACAAAUUGUAAUGAACUGGAACAAGUCAUUAGUAUGUCAUUAAAUUGUAAAAAAUCACCUAUUACUCAUGUCGGUAUUUGGGGCAAUGCAGACAAUAAACAGAUAACAGAUUGGAUUAAAGCGGAUGUAUUCAAUGAAAAAAAUAACAUUGUUUUUUCGAAUGGAACAAAAUCUUGGUCAUGUCAAAAUAUCAUUAUAGGUCAAACAAUUAACAUUUAUUAUGCCAGGAAAGGUAGUGUAUACGAUCCACAAAAUCGUAUUAUUUCAGUGCACAAAAUUUAUAAACGUGGAACUAUUGGAUAUAAAUGUCAAGGCUAUGCAUGUAUAGACAAUAGUCAAUUAAACACUGAACAGAAAUUCUUUAUUACUACAAAUGUCCUAUUUCAUGAUUUAACCUUAUAAUGAAUAUAUCCGAUCAAAGCAAAUGUCAACAAUUUUAUAUAACUGUCAUUAUUAGUAUCAGUAAUAUAGUAAAAUUUUGAUUAAAUAUCUUUUAUUUAUUGCAAAAAGGUAUGUAUUUCCUACACAAAAGUAUAAAACAUUUCUAUACAUCUGAAUAGAAUGAAUUUAUCAGUUAUCAUUAAAACUAUUGUUCUAACAAUCUUUGUCACAAUAAUAAGAUAUAUUUCCGCUGCCGUUUGCUUCAAACGAAUAUCUACUUGCUUCUCCAUUCAUUAUUGACUACUUUGAAGAGAAAUGAUUUAGGCACUAGUGAAGAGUAAUACUAUGUAUUGAUAAGCGAUUAUACUGAAAUAGUGAUAACGCAUAUUAAUUUAUCGGUGUAUAGGGUUGUGGAGAUUGUUGAGUUUAGAUUGAUAUCAUGAAUGGAUCAAUGUUAGAUCACCAUUGAAAACCUGAAAGCACUGGACGGCCGUUUCGUCUAGAGGUUAAGCAUUCGCGCACGAGACCGAAGGUCCUAGAUUCGAGCCCUGCGUGCGGGAUCAUGGACGCGCACUGCUGAGGAGUCCUGUACUAAGACGGCCGUCCAGUGCUUCCAGGUUUUUAAUGGUGGCCUAACAUUGAUCCAUUCAUCAAUUUAAACAUAGUGAUUUAAUUUGUAAAUGAUUUUAAUCAGUGAAUAUAUGAUGAUAUACUCUUUUAUUAUCAUCCUAACUUACUACAUGUUCGCUAAACCUCUUCAUUGUAUACACCGAAACAAUUGAUAAACUACAUCAUACUGUAAACCAUAUCAAUCAGAAUCUUAGGAACAGUAAGUACCCCGGUACUAAUUUGUAUGAUUCAAACUUAUAUGCAUUAAGUACAAAACUACAAUAUUAAUAGUAUGAAACUGAGUGACUGAUUUCUGACUAAUUUACUAUAAUUUAAAGAUAUAUAUAAUCCUGGGACCAUCGAGUAAGUAGUGAAGUUGUUAGAAAACAUGUACUAGGUAAGGAUGGUAAAUCAAUUGAUGAAGUAGUGAAACUUCAUCAGUUGAGAUGUCUGGGACACGUGUUACGCAUGCCCAACGACCGACUGCCUCGACGUGCUAUGUUCAAUGGUAUAGGAGUAGAUUGGAAGAAAGCUAGGGGCUACCAGAGCAAAACAUGGCAUAAGUCCAUGAAGUCACUGACAUGUGAACUGAGUCAUAUUGGUAGGUGUAGACUACCUGGUUGGGGACCGCGAGAUAAUAGCAACCGAUGGUUAGAGACCCUGAAUGACAUGGCUCAAAAUGGUUUGCAAUGGCGCAGGUGCAUCCACUCUUUGUGUUCUCCCAAAUUUUAAUCUCCUGAUUCCUCCUUGUCUCUUUCUUAUCUUCCCGAAUUUAUUUCACUGCAUUAUACUCUUUAUAUAACAUCUCCAAACCCUAAUCUUGCCGAUUACUGCUUAUACUAUUACUACCUCUACCGCUACGGAAUUUGAAUCGACAACUGCAUCUCUGUGUUAAAAUGGUGUGGCAACUCGAACUGAUGUACGUACGUAUGAAGUUCUACGUUGUUACUGAC